AUGACUUUUCAACCUGAGCUUACACGUAGCUUAUCCUGGACCACAAGGUUUCAAGUAUAUGACGACGGUCUCGGCGAUACUCGCCAACCUAACCAGAAACUUCGGUUCUUCGAUAACAAAUCAAACGAAAUCUCCCGAAAAGCCCUCAUCGAUGAUUUGAAAAGUGGCAAAACGGCAGGAACUACGGGGUUACCAACUGCCCAAGAGUUAGACGAGAGCGAUGCUGAGGCCUGCCGAGGACUCUGGGUUGGGUGGUGCCGUCCUUUACAAGUCCUCCCCGAAUUGAAUAUUGCUCAUAGAAACUGCUCAAUCGCAAAGCUUGUCACGUCACGGGCUUCAAAAGCCCAGCUGGAUGAGGUUAUCUACGGCAAGUGCGACCCUACGGCUCUGAAGGUCAUUGGCCUCAGGCUCCACAACCAGAGCUUUGUAAAGUACUACGCUCUUGCGUACCCGGAUUCUGUAACUGGGAUUUGUACGGCAGUUCCGGUGCCUGGCGGUGGCCCAAAUGUCUUCUUCUUUCCAGAGUUCCGAGACAAAGGGGACACCCUAGCUAGUGCUACGAAACGUCACCAGGCCUGGAACACUCUGGUCUUCAAGGCCGUGACCUCAAGCGACCCUGUGUCUACUGAGGGAGCAGAGGAACGAGAUCCUCCUUCUACUCAAGGAAGUCUCCCGAUACAUAUCCAGCAACAUCCUUUGGGGGGUAUCAGAUCGAAGUUGGCCGAGUUAAGAGAGACGAGAGACCUGGUACUCUACAAGGAGGUUAUGGCAGAGCUUGAACAACAGACGGGGUUCAAGUUUCCUAGUGUGCCUACCUUUGGUUUCCUUGAGCGCUUUCUCAAGAAGGAAAGGCUCGAUGCGUGGCACUCUCAGCGAGUUGUGGAUGAUUUCUUUGUUCUCCAUCCGCGAAUCAGCAGAGCUUCAAUGCCAAAACUGACGUGUACCUUGGUUCAACGAGUUUCGGAUUUUCUGAGUCGCGACAACAGGGCGUUCCCUCUCGAUUGGUCCACAGUUUGGUCAUUUCUUUCAAACUUGGCUUACCUCUGUGAUGCGGAGAAAGCGUCUGACGGUGAAGUAGAGGCUAUGGUUGUUUUGGUUUUCCAAAUGGUAGAGUCUCCAUCUUCGGACGCUCCUACUUCCCCCGACAAUAUGCAGACUUUCAUCACGAACAUGAUUGACUUUAUAGAGACUAUUCUGGCAGCUCACGAGAAGUCUUCACAAGCUGCAGAUGCUUUUCACAGAGGUUCAGACGAUUUGUCUGGCUCAAGAGCCUUCGAUCGAUGGGUGGAUAACAUACGCAAGAGGAACAAGUACGGGGCAGAGGGGUCGCCUCGUCCUUUGAAGAAGCGGCUGCGGAAACCAACGGAGAUUGACGUUAUUAAAGUCGAAGACGAUUCUAGUGAUUUGGAAUCUGAAUCGACUGUUGAUAAUGACGCCAAGACUGCUUAA